GCAAGCGCAGAGAGAGAGAGGGCGGACGAGUGCGCCUCCGCCGCUCUACCGCGCACGCGCGGAGGGGGGAGCGAGCGUCGUCGGGAGAGCCCGGCCCCCUGCCUCCGUCUGCGCUUGCGCAGGAAGGGUCCUGUGGCCAGAGGGGACUGGGCCGCCCCUCCCCAAAUCCGGAGGAACCGGUGUGUCCACCAUGCAAGAGGAAGAGGAGGAAUCUGAAGCAACCUCAGUGUCUUCUGGAAACAGCAGCCCCCCUACCCCGUCUGCCAAUGGCUAUCCAGGCCCCCGGAGCAAGGAGCCACAGACGACCAUCGGGGAGCUGGUAGAGGAUGGCGGAGAAGCUGGGCAGGAUCGGCUGAGUUCCUCCCAGGCUCCCAGUCCUGAAUGGCACGAAUGCCCCGAAUGCGGGCGCGGCUUUGGCACCUCGCGGGCCCUAAAGGUGCACCGUAGCUACCACGUGGGGCGCAAACGGCCUCACAGUGGCUCCUCUUCCUCCAAGCUGCCUCCACCUCUGAUCUUACCCGGUAACCCUGACGGCUGGGAAGGGCAGACGGCCCCCGCUUCGGGUCGGGGCCGAGCUUUCCACUACAUCUGCGCUGAGUGCGGCCUGGGCUUUGCCUCUCCCGCCACCCUGGAGGGUCAUCGCUGUGAACGGGGCUGGCGCCGGAGCCCCCCAGCGCCUCCCCGCACCAAGGUCCCGCCCUCUCCGACUCCCAGGGAAGCCAAUGGGGAUCAGGACACAGAGGGGGCCGAUGGACCGUACCAUUGCACCGAGUGCUCAGGGGAGUUUGGCUUGGUGUCGGAACUUCAUGAGCACUACAUGCUCCAUGCUCGUGGAGAGCUGUAGAUCAUUUUCUGACCCUCACCUUGUUUUGCCCUCCCCGUUGUAAUCGGUGGCGCCUCCUGAGGGAAACUGUCUGGCUGGGACUCUGAGAAGUUAAACUUCCACCUUUUUUUUUUUAAAAAAAGUUCCUCCCCCCCUUUUUAGUUUCUAUCUAUAGUUCUCAAUUGAAUAUUCCUUGUGGGGUGGGCAAAGACACACAGAUGCUUAGAGCAAGCCCUUGCUGUGUAUUGUACCUUCCCUACAACUGAUGUAGCACCUGUGGAAACCCUUCAUGCGCUUGCAGGGGUGCUCCCUUCCCCCUGAACUGAAGGAAAAGGUACUCCAGAUCUAGAGUCCAUGGGUCUUUAGCAUUUUAAUUCCCCGAAGGGAGCCCUUGCAAUAGAAACACUAGCAGUAUUGAGCGUCUAGCUCGUUUUCACUAAAUAAUGAACCACAAGAGAUUUAUUCCAGACCUCCCCUGAGGCCUGGAAGAGGAGGGAUGGGUUGGAAUCGUUUAUCCGUGUAUGCAACAUCUUGUAUCCCUGAACCCUCAUACAGUUAGUCCAGCGCCCUCUGUGAACCUAUAGACGUUGUCAGACUGCCGCUCUCACUGUCCUUCGCCUUUGGCUGUGCUAGUUGAAGCUUGUAGGGCUCGCAGUCCAGUGACAUCUGGAGGACCACGACUGCUCAGCCCUGGCUUAGACAGUUUCCUCCCCAGUGGGGGUGCCCGUGGUCAUUGUCAUCAUGUUUGGCACUAGGAUGGUCCAUGCUGAACUUGAGGCUGUAUUGUUUGUGUGUGUGUGCGUGUGCGUGCAUGCACACGCAUGCAUGGGUGUGUGCGUGUGUGUGGCUUUUAUGCGAGUGACUCCCAAAAAUGGCAUCCACUCAGCAUAAAUCAUGAUAUUAACAAUCUCUCUUCACAGUAGCUGGGAGAACUGGUUUAAUAAAAGUGAUUCUGUAUGUAUGA